AUGACAGACCUCACCGAAGUAUCUGUUUACUCAGAAUCCUCUGACAUUUACAAAAACGUUUUCUGCAACCCCGCGUUUGAGCUCGAGGGUGAGCGUGAGGAGAAAGUGGAAGGAUUCAGUCCUGCCAGUACUGUCAUGUCCCCAGAACCAGUAAAGAACCAAGCAGCAAACAGCCGAGGUGUGUUCAGUGUGUGUGUGAUGCGUCUGCGAGGUUUGUGGUCUAGCUGGGGGGCCCUGGCGGUCUCUGCUGCUGCUGUGCUCCUGGUAGCAGCGCUGGUCCUGGCACUGGUGCUCAUCUUCACACAACUAAAGGGGCAGAGUGUGGAUGGGGAAGUGGUGUCGACCAAUCCCCUGGACUUGUUGACUGGAGAUGGACUGCCUCGUGGUCUACCCACAACCCCCACCAACCACAGUCAGAGGGACAGUAUAGUGGCCCCACAGCCAGCCAGAUACCCUACCCCUGAAACGAGAUGUGGGGGUGUAUUGACAGACUCAGAGGGUAGCUUUAGCUCCCCCAACCACCCUGGGUCGUAUCCCCCAGACUCUCUCUGUGUCUGGGUGAUACGGGCGCGCCCCCCAUCCCUGGUCCAGAUCCAUGUGUCCUCUCUGACCAUAGAAGGACCGUCCCCCUGCCUCUUUGACUGGCUGGAGCUUCAGGAGGAGAUGGAGCAACCUUCUGUUGUCACCAGGUUCUGUGGCAACGUGGCACCCCCUACUGUAAACACCAACAGCAGCACUGUGUGGGUGACCUUUCGUUCUGACGGGAGCAUCGGAGGCAGAGGCUUCACCGCCCAGUACCACGCCAUCACACCUGAACAGAAGAGCUGCUCCAGGGAGGAGUUUAUGUGUGACCACGGGCGCUGCAUCCUGCCUGUGUCAGUGUGUGACGGUCAGCCCCACUGUCAUGACCUCUCUGAUGAGGCCAACUGCAGCCACAAGCACAAAGAGUGUGGGGGCCAAAAGACUGGACCCUACGGCUACCUAGCAACUCCAAACCACCCAAAACCUUACCCUCAUCAACAGUUGUGCACAUGGCGGAUCUCUGUUGAGGAGGGUCAUGUGAUCAGGCUGAGUUUCCUCAACUUCAGUCUGGAGACCCAGGACGUGUGCGAGUUUGACUAUGUGGAGGUGCAUGACAGUGCUGACAGCAGGACCGGCAGAGUACUCGGACGGUAUUGUGGCACUAGCCUGCCUCCUGAGCUGACCUCCUCUGGGCCCCAGAUAACUGUGGUGUUUGUGGCUGACGAGGGUGUAGCAGACAGUGGCUUCAGCGCUUCCUACCAGGCCAUCUCCCUUUCCGAGAGAACAUGCAGUCCUCCACAGUUUGCCUGCAGCAGUGGGGAGUGCCUGCACCAGGAGUGGCUGUGUGAUGGCUGGACUGACUGUGUAGAUGGGACAGAUGAGCACGACUGUGACAACUCAACCUAUCCCCCUUUCAGCUCGUCCUGUGAGCCCAUCGAGGUGAAAAUGUGCCAGGGCCUGAGCUACAACCUCACUUCCUUCCCUAACAUCUGGCUGUCCAUUGCUGACCAGAGAGAGGCAGCCACGCUGCUCCGCCAGUACAUGGUGAGACCGCACACCUGGCCUGUCAACACACAACCACACCGAACAAUAGCAAUUUCACAUUAAAUUGAUAUUGUAUUUAAUGGGUUUUCAGUUAACUUGAACAUUAUUUGUAACAUAAUAUAAGUGCAUAGUGGUAGAGGCUGCUGAGGGGAGGACGACUCAUAAUAAUGUCCGUAAUGGAAUGGUAUCAAACACAUGGUUUUCAUGUGUUUGAUACCAUUCACCCCAUCCCAGCCAUUACACUUGUUUCUACCACAAUAAAUCAACUACACACUGAAGAAUACCAUAAAUGGGAUGUGCAGGACCUCCCUUAAGUGUUUGAUUCUGAUGGAACUAGAUACCGUACAGCCACUCUCCUCUGUGGUUUGUGGUUAUUACUAGGUGCUGAUGGAACUGGCGUGUUUCCAGCCUCUGCGCCGGCUGGUGUGUGGGAUGUUUAUGCCCCACUGCAGCCCUCAGGGUGGGGUGCUGCAGCCCUGCCGGUCAGUGUGCUCCUGGGCAGAGCAGCAGUGUGGUCAGGCCCUGGACGUAUUCACCUUCAGUUGGCCCUUCAACUGCCACCUGCUGCCUGACUCCCAAGACCCUAUGGAGUGCUCCAGUCCCUGAUGCCUCUGUAGCUUAGCACUUGCCCCCCUGAAUGUGCUACAGUACAACCAUAGUAAUGAGAGGAAUCCAACACAGGACUGACUAGAAGAACUCUUAAGAAUACCAUCAAAGCUCCAAUCUUUUCAAGGAACCUCAGAGACAUGUAAUAAAGAAUCACAAUGUUGCACUCUGCCGACUCAAUAUGGUGCUAGCUUUGUACAGCAUAAUACAGAUGUAUGGAACAGAACUGGUUGGAGUUUACGUGGGAAUAGAAAAU